UGCAGCCAAACAGUCCUGUUUUCUGAUACCUUCCUCCAUUCCACGGACAAGCAUCCCUUUUCUUUAAUCUACAGGAAAAUAUUCCUCGAAUAUAAAAACAAUGCGCAAGCAAAUCGAUCGUGUGAAGUAGAAAACGGCGAUGGCUUUAGGGAAAGGAAACGAAUCCACGGACGAAAUCACCGGGGUUCUGAGAAGGUUUGGCGACGAGCAGAGCACGCUGUUGGACCGCUUCGAAAGGCUUUCCUUCGAGGCCCAUUUGAACCGAGCCAUGCUGGCUAGGAGCUUCUCGGAGCCUCGCGUCGCAAGGUCCCUGUUGGCGGCGGAACCACCGGUGCUGCCGCACGUGAGUCAGGGUCGUCGUGGUUCUGGGUUCAAUCGGAUGUUGAAGAAGUUGUUCCGACCCUUUUUUGGUCGCAAGGGUAAAAAAGGCGGAAGAAAACAAGCAGCUCUUGAUCCCCAGAAUCCCAAGAAUUGGAAGGUUUUCAGUAGAUCCAUGCGUUUCUGAGGAACAGAAUGAAUGAGUCUCCUAAAUUCAACUUCCAUGCAUAUCAGUAUAUCAUAUAGAUUUUUCUUUCUUUCUUGGUACUAUUUUAUUAAAUUAACUAUGGUGCA